AUGCUGGACCUCAUCAGAGAAGCGCCUAUUGGCCAAGCAAUCCGACUUCUUUCAAGAAGACGACUCCUUCAAUACCCAGAAGAAAAAGCAGACUUCCAAAUACCAGAGCAAUACACAUCCCUGCUUGACCGUGGCGAGAAAGACGUGGGAAAUCAGAGCAGCAGCUCCAACGGAGUCCUCACUACCCCGAGUGAAACGGAAAACACCAACGCAUCAGGCAUCCUCACCCACGAUGGCGAUGAUAUCGAGAGCCUCGGAAGAACCAGAACAUUGACCAGCACCCGCAGCGCCCCAUUCACCAACGAAAGACUUCAAGCCGAGAGAGUUAUGGAACUACAAAAAACGAAAUCCAUUGCAAUUGCUCCUCAGACAACAACGGAUGGCAUCAUCCUCGUCGACUGGUACACCAGCGAUGACCCUGCAAACCCCCAAAACUGGUCUACCUUCAAAAAGUACUUUGUUGUGUUCGUGCUCUGCUUCUACACCUUCACCGUGUACUGCGCAGGCCCUAUCUACGCAACAGCCGAAGAAGGCAUCCAGAAGGAAUUUGGCGUCAGCCCCGUUGCCUCUACACUCGGCUUGUCACUAUAUGUCCUGGCAUACGGCAUUGGAGAUCUGCUCUUCUCACCGCUAUCCGAAAUCCCAAGUAUUGGGCGAAACCCGAUUUAUUACCUGACAUUCAUCGUGUUCUGGGUUCUCUCGUUCCCUGCGCCUGUUGCUGAUAGCUUUGGCGGACUAUUGGCUCUUCGAUUCUGGCUCGGUUUCUUCGGUAGUCCUGCCUUGGCUAAUGGCGGAGCUACCGUGGGAGACAUGUUUUCGUUGAUAUACAUCCCCUUCGGACUCUCCUGGUGGGUGUUUAGUGCGUGGGCUGGUCCAUCUCUUGGUGGUCUGCUUGGAGGAUUCGCUGCUCAAGCCAAAGGUUGGAGAUGGCCUUUGUGGGAAAUUGUGUGGAUGGCCUCACUUGGACUUGUCUUGCUGCUGGCUUUCAUGCCCGAGACGUCGUCGGCUACAAUUCUCUUGCGACGGGCUCGUCGAUUGCGCGCGUUGACAGGAAACCCGAGACUUCAAUCUCAAAGCGAGAUUGAUCAACGCCACAUGACUGCAACCCAGAUCCUCUCCUCUGCGCUGGUCAGACCAGUUGAGAUUAUGCUUAAAGAUCCGUCCAUCUUUUUCGUCAACUUGUACACUGGCUACUUUUACGGUGUAUUCUACACCUUCUUCGAAGUGUUCCCUCUAGUAUUCCCGGUGUUCUACGGCUUCAACCUCGGACAGACUGGUCUCACUUUUCUGUCAUGUCUUGUCGGCGUCAUCAUCGGUCUCGCUGCGUACUUUGCCUACCUGCAAUUUUACAUGGUUCCCGAUAACAUCAAAAAUGGCUUUCGAGAACAGGAACAUCGACUUGUCCCUGCCAUCAUCGGCUCAUUCCUAUUGCCAAUUGGUCUCUUCAUCUUCGCCUGGACAGCUAGGUCCAGCAUUCACUGGAUUGUGCCUCUGAUUGGUGUGGCGAUCUUCUGUGUCGGACAUUUCUGGACCAUGCAGUCCCUGUUCAUUUACAUCCCCUUCUCGUAUCCUCAGUAUGCUGCUUCGCUCUUUGCUGGAAAUAGUAUUUGGCGAUCUGGCAUUGCUGGUGGAGCGGUAGUCUUUGCUCGUCCCCUGUUCAUCAAUCUGGGUGUGGAUAGGGGUGUGACUCUGUUGGCGGGCUUGAGUGUUGGUGGUAUUUUUGGAACUAUUGCCAUUUAUGUAUUUGGCAAGAAACUCCGAGCGAGAUCCAAGUUUGCGCAGAGUUAA